CCGAGACGACUUGUUGCACCACGCAGGAAUACUUCACCUUAUAAGAUCUUCCCUAUUUAUCUUCAUCUUUUGCCUACCUCCACUAUUCAAUAUCACACAAUUAAAUAUUACCUAAACAUUCAACAUGCCUCGCAAUUCAGAGUCAGAACAUAGCGCCACUGCUGAUCUAGUCUUCGAGCCGGACCGGGACUGUGAUGGAGGGGAGACUCAAGAUCAACAGUACACAGACAACUUUACGGCCUACCAACAGCCAGUCCUGAACGAUGGGAACUUCUACUCUACCCAAACGAGCGGCUCUGGCGCUCAGCCAAGGACAUUUACGACCUUACCGACCGAAUCUGAGCACGACCUUAGGCCAGGGGUGAAUGAUGUGGACAUCAACUACACAUUCCAACGACAUGCACCCUCAUCUAUAAAUACGGACAGCACGUUCAGAGCCGGCAGAUCAUAUACGCGAAAGUACGUUGAGUACAUGCUUCAUCACGACUACGACGACGAACCAGACGAACCGAGCCAGCCUUUGACAACAUACGCCAUGGCGGCCCACGACUACUCGCAUAAUACGACGUCGUACGACGGCAAGAUAUCAAGCUGGCUUCCUCAGCAGGGACUUAGCUUCCAGGCUGACCAAACAAACGAUUGGAGUACCGGUAACCUGGUGCCCCCAAGCCCUAAAAGUCAGACGUCGACAACAACUGGCUCGUGGUGCCUAGUCCCGCUAGUCCAAGAUCAGCAUACUGCCGACCCCUUCUGCGCUAUUGGGGUUUGGUCUGAUUCCAUGUCGGCGGACCCUUACACCACCCUAGCAAGGAACAUUCGAGACGAGGACGUAUCCGACAAUCGACAAUAAUGAUGAUGAGAGUUAAUAGACCUUAGGUGGGAGUUCUUGGAUAUACUUCGAUGGAAAAUCUGCCCUUUUGAUCCUAAAAUUUUGUAACUAUAGGGCAUUGUAUUCGUUCCCUCCCUUGUUUCUUUUGCUCAUAUACCUAUCCACUAGCGACCACGAAAAGUAUACACAGGCAGGUGGUCUGACGGAGGUUCAAGCCUUCUUCCUAAUGAGCUAUAUGGCGUUGUGGGAGUCGUUUCUUCAGGAGUCGGAUGUAAUGGCCAAUGGGUAGUCAUGAGGGCUUGGGCAUAAUGCGAAGUCUUUCUUAAUUCGCAAUAUUUCUCCGUCCUUCGUGAUCGCUAUUCGUCUUCCAAUCGAGCCACCACUUUU